GGCGCAAUAGUUAAAUCUCAAGAGGGCAACUGAGAGAGAGUAAGUUGCUGUUCGCCGAGCGUUCUAUCAUUGCCGUAACGAACAGCAAUUUCCAUCUUUCACGAUCUAUGAUCUAGUGAAUUUGGAUCCUGAGACUGUUGAUGACCGUCGGAUCCUCGUACACCCCUAAGCCUGUGUCAACUACAACAUCCGUUCAGAGCAGUGGCGUCGGUCUGCAGACCCUCGGCUGAUUGCGAAGCCUCGAGUUUUCAGCCUUAACCCGACCUUCUGACUCACGAGUCUCUAUUCCUGCAAAUCUCAUCACUUCAUUGAUUGCGAACUGUGGUAUCAACCGGCUCGGAGCAGCUGCGCCUCAGGAGUAGUAACUGUUGACCUCGUGCAUUGAUUUCUCGCCGAUACACACUGAGGGUCAAAUUGGAGCCGAAGACUAAUAAAAGAUAGCGGUGAACAUCGGUCACAAGGACCGGGAAGAAUGGAUGUGGGAGUCAGUGAAAGAGUGAUUCCGCGCUUCUGGGAAUAUUACAACAAUGAGACGGUGGGCUUGCAUUAUAACUACACCGGGAAGCUGACCCCGGGCAGGUACAAGGCCGGUCUGAGGGUUCAUGCUAUCAUAUUUCUGAUAGUUAGUGUGCUUAUAAUAUUGGAGAAUCUGCUGGUCCUCUUAGCCAUCCGGAAGAACAGUAAAUUCCACACGCCCAUGUUUUACUUGCUGGCCAACCUGACUCUGUCCGACCUAUUGGCAGGAGUGGCCUAUGUGGUCAACAUCCUGCUCUCCGGUGCCAACACCCUGAAGCUGACACCAUUGCUGUGGUUCCUGAGAGAAGGUGGCGUUUUUAUUACCCUCACGGCGUCGGUCUUCAGCCUACUAGCCAUCGCCGUGGAGAGGCACGUUACGAUGAUGAAGAUGCAGUUGUACAAUGCGGACAAGAAGUGGCGUACGCGGCUGUUUGUGGGAGCGGACUGGAUCUUUUCGGUGUUCCUCGGGAGCCUCCCGAUCCUGGGCUGGAACUGCAUCGGAAACCUGCCUUUUUGCUCAACAAUGCUGCCACUGUACUCUAAAUACUACAUCCUAGUGUGCAUUGUGAUCUUUAUUGUUGUCUUGAUUGCCAUAGUGAUAUUGUACAUUCGCAUUUACCUUAAAGUUAAGAGUAACAGCCUCGACAUGGGCACUUCGGGAAGUACUGAAUCCAAGAAGUGCAAAAAAUCCCAGGCAUUGCUGAAGACCCUCACCAUCGUGGUGGUCACUUUCAUCGUCUGCUGGUUGCCGCUCUUCAUCGUGUUGCUACUGGACGUUUCCUUUACAGUGAGAAGCUCUACGAUUGUUAGUUUGGCCGAUUAUUUCCUAGGACUGGCCAUGUCCAAUUCCGCAUUGAAUCCUAUAAUUUACACUCUAACCAACAGAGACAUGCGCCUGGCGAUUGUGCGCCUAGUGUGCCUGACCAAAGUAGGGGAGCAGCCUCGCUGCUGUGGGGCGCUGAUUGCCGAAUGCAGCAGCACCCAGUACGGCAGGUCAUCACUGCACGGAAACGAGCUUCUCCACACCAACCUAUCAUCCGGUAACGGACCACAGUCUCCCACUAGAACCUCGCUGGCCUGAUAAUAACAGCCGCGGUGACCAAGAUAGCACCGACCUCCGAUGAGCACGGUCUCCUCCACCGUCAGGGAGAUGACCUCGAGGCCCAAAUGCAAAAUUGCACUGGUCACAAUGAAGUGAACGGACGAGGUUAAACACUUGUAGGAGCACUUCUCGGGAAUCUCAUUUGAGAACUGGUUUGAGAUAUCGCGGAACGUGCGUCUGUACCUUCUUAGAAUAAAAAUGGUUCUAAGGUAUAAUGAAUCUAAUAGUAGAGGGCAACAUGGACCAAAGCUGAGUCUCAAUCUCUUUCAACGUAUAUAAAUGACUUGGAUGAAGGCAGGAAAGAUAAUGGUUGCUAAUUUUGCUGAUGUCCCGAUGCUGAGUAUGAAAGUAACUUGUGAAGAGGGCAUGAGGAGGCUACCAAAGGACACGGAAAAGUUCAGUGAGUGGUAAAUGGAGUAUAAUGUGGGCGAAAAUGAAAUUGUGAAUUUGGCAGGAAAAACAUUAUCUAAAUGGUGAGUGGCUAAGAUGCUGAGGGAACUUGGUAUCCCUUCAGUAUAAUUCCCAAAAGGCUAGCAGCAGGUACUGCAAGUAAUUAGUAAUUCAUAGUUUAUUGCAGGGGAAUUAAAUACAAAAGUUACACUUCACUUCUGUAUUUAUUUAUUGGUGAGAACAUCUGCAGUAGAAUGGCUCUCCAUAUGUACACAAGGAAGUUAAUAUGUUGAAAGCAGUUCAGAGAAAGCUUUCCAGACUAAUACCUGGAACAAGCAGGUUGGUAUCCUGUGAGGAAAGGUUAGACAGGCUAAACUUCUGAGGUUUGAAAGAGCAGGAGGGGACUUGAUUGAAAUGAGAUCCUGAAGGGUAUGGAGGAUGUAGAAAAGAUACUUGCUGUUGUGAGAUAAUCUAGAAUUAGGUGUCACUGUUUAAAAGUAAAGGGUCACCAACUUGAGACACAAAUGUGGUAUGUUUCCUACUGUGCCCCACCCCCUGAUUGUCUUUGGAACUAUUUCUCAAAGGACAAUGGAAGCAGUUUUUUUUAAAUAUUAGUAAGGCAGAUGGAUAGAUUCUUAAGCAAGGAGGUGAAGACAAUGUGGAGUUGUGGCUAUAACUGGAUGUGUUAUGAUCUUAUUAAAUGGUGAUGCAUGCUUGAGGGGCCAAGUAGCCUGUUAAUGCUCUCAAUUUGUGUGUUCUUGUGUCAAAGUACAAUCACCUUUUAAAGGUAACAUCAGCACAAAGACUGGCAGUGUACCUGUACAACCCAAAUUGCAAAUGGGCCCAUGAAUUGGAAGCAGCAUAACCAGGCACAGCAAUCUAGUUUAUGCUAUUUUACUUCGUGCAGGAAGCUAUGCAAUUCUACCCUCAUUUUGCAAUGGACAAGUUGCUCAACUAGUAUCAUAAAUGCUGAAUGCUUAUAUUGAAAUAGUUCUUCAUUUUUCUGUCCUCCAACAUGUCAAGAUUUUGGUUCAUUCACACAGUACUUUGGGAAACAAACUUCUAUGCAGCAUCAUUAGCUGCUGAGUAAAUGCACUAAACCUUGGCUUGCCCAUAAGACAACAGCAUAUACUUUAAGCUCAGCUCUACAGAAUAGGCCAAUUUGCAGCAGGGGUUCAUGGCUAGCAGUCAAGCUGCCCAUGCUUCCCUGUGGCAAAUUGUAGGCCCCAUCCUCCCUCUUUAUCUUAACUCACCAGCUAUUGACUAAGUUCCUCCUAUGAGAGGGAGGCACAGAGCUAAUACUGACUGUAAGGACUGAACAAUUCACUUUCCUGCACUAGGAACUUUGCAAUAAAGAGACAAUAUUCUCAGAGAUGCAUUGUUGCAGAGUCAAUGACUACUGCAAAUCUGAAAGCAAGAAUAAAGUGUUAAAUAACAUUUACAAUUGUGGUUAUGUGUCUGUUGUCUGAUCUGGCAGCACUUUAACUUCCCAAUCAUUCCUCAUGGCACUUGAGGUUAUUGAGUGGCAUAAGUAGAAUUCAUCCAUUCAGAUUACUGUUUGUAUGGAGAAGAUACUUUCACUAUUGCACUGCAGUUUCUCAUCCUUAUAUGGAAUUGAUAGCCGCUUUCAGAUACAAGGCGGUAAAUUCUGCUUUGGCUCAGGCUAUGACACUGCCUUGGGAGGAAUCAAUGUUUCAGAUCAUUCUAGACUAUGAAAUACCCAAAUAUUUUUAAGUAAAUUUAUUAUAACUGCUAUUUCAACUGUGAUAAUUGUGAAUUGACUAACUUAAAUGCUUUGCAAUUUUGAAUAAAAUUUCAUUGAUCAACAGUUGCAUGUUUAUCUUAACAUUUUACAAGAAAGUAAAUCACAAAAGGGGUUGCAAAGCUUGCAGAAUGUAGGUUGGCAUAGAAUGUCAUCCAGCAGUGCUCUCUGCAGAGGUCAGCCAUUUUCUACAUGAGGAUUUUUU